AUGGCAUACAACCAUACUUCUAAUCUACAAAACACGACUGAUGGUAACAACCCGAUAAUAUACGCUGUUGGUCCCGAUGGCAAACCAAACAUUCCGGGAGUGGGAACCACCAUGAUGACUUUUAAUAACCCUCCAACCACGGUUGUUACCAAUGCGUCUCCACAAUCAGAGCCUGGAUGUUGCUCCAGGGAGUUUGCGUUUGCAAUUCUUUCAGUAUUACUUGCUAUAGCUGGCGGCGUAAUGUGGGGAGUGUCAGCCAAGAAUUAG